CUCCACUGCUUUGGAGGAUUACUCUCAGAAUUUACCGCGACCCCGGCCCGAGCGGUUCGCGCGCUCCCGGCGCGUCCUGUGCGUGCGUGCGUGCGCGCGACCCGCCCUGUUGGACGGGUUGCCUGGGUGACGCCGGGGAUGUCGGAGCUGCACGAGGCGGCGGCGGCGGGCGACGCUGAUCUGCUGGAGCAGAUCCUGCAAAAAGGGUCGUGCGACCCGAGCAUGAAGGAUCCGGACUGGGGCGAUCGGACCCCGCUACACUGGGCGGCAGCUAAAGGGAAUGCAGACAUGGUUAAGCUCCUCAUAACAAGUGGGUCACGUCCCUGCUUGAGAACAACCACUGGAUGGACUCCAGCACAUUUUGCUGCAGAAUCUGGAAAGCUGUCUGUCCUUAAAAUGCUGCAUUCACUACAUGCUCCUGUUGACAAAGCAGACCUGUAUGGGGACACCCCCAGAAGAAUGGCAGAGAUAUACGGUCAGGGAGACUGCGUUAAAUUUCUCGAAGUAGCAGAGCAAGAGUGUUCCAAUUACAGAAGGGCUGCUGAGAUGAAAGGUAUUUUAUUAGAUGACACAGAUGAAGAGUGGGAAAGUCAGAAGGAAAGCAAAACAGCUGAAAAAAGGGAAACUGUCAGUAAGAGUAUCAUUACAUGUAAGCUUCAGACACAGGUGAAUAAAGUGCCUAAAAAAGGAAAAUUACCAAAAAUAAACAAAGUUUGCAAAAAAGAAGUACAAGUUGAAUACCCCUUAUCUGAAAUUCCAAAAUCCAAAAACCUCUGAAAUCCAAAGUAUUUCUAAAUGCUGAUAUGACGUUUCAAAUGAAGAAUUCCACAAGGCGUGAGGAAGGUUCCUAGGCGAUAAUGCAGUUCUCUGCGCAUCACAGAUAGUUUAAGAGGUGACUCACAUUUAUAAUAAACAGAAGUUGAUGAAAAAUGGAAAAGCACUGCAUAAAGCAAAAAAUGAUCUUGGAUCAUGUAUUGAAAGAAUGAAGUGAACAUAUGAAAUUUAAUGGUAUGCUGAUCAUGAAGCAAGCAAAGAUCCAUCAUGACAAACUGAAAUUUAAGAGAAAGCGUGGCAUUAUAUUUUUAAUGAUUUAUAAAACUUAAAUGAUAAAGUAAGUGUUUGCUGAUCGCGAGGCAACAGGGAAAUUCAUGGAUGAGUUUUCAAAGAUAGUCAUUGAUGAAAAUCUAACACCGGACAAUGCUGAUUGUUUUUAUACUUUACGUAAAACCUAAAAAAAGUAGAAUAUAAACACAGUGUAUUGUGACCUUUUAAUCAAGAGACAGCAUCGUAGAUAGAGAUUGAAAGCUUGCCAUUGUUUGUCGUCAUUCAACAGCUGAUUCAGGUAUUUUCCCUAUGUUGCUGUGCUGUUUUUGUUACCCUGCACGCAUUACAUUUUCAUUGUAUUAAUGGUAUGUAAAAAUACUUACUGUUAAGUACUGUAUGUGUGAUGAACAAGUAUAAAACAAAGACUGCUUACUGGUAGCACGUAAAUUCAGAGUCAGAAAUGAUGGCAAUCACAAGCUAUCUUAUGUAUUUCAAAAGCUGAGACACUUCCAGCCCCAAGCAUUUUGGAUAAGGGGGUACCCAACCUGUAAAAUAAAAUUAUCUUCAAGUCAGAAAAGUCAUGCAGCCUUAUUACUUCAAAUUGCUUAAACUGAAAACUUGAUUUAGAUUGACUCAAGACCAAUGUCCAAAGGCACAGACUGAUAAGUGAUUUUAUAUUCCUGCAGAAACACGCACUUGAUAUAAGGUGUGCCAAGGCUGCACAUCUACUGUUGCAGGUUGACAUCAGCCUGGAAUUUUCUAGGAAACUUUAUUAAAUAGCAAAAGAACUGUACUGUAUCUUCAAUGCAUUUUUGAAUAUAGCGUAUUGUUGCAAACAUUGGUCCCUCAUUUGUGAUUUCUGGUUAUGGAAGCCUGCUACAUAAUUUUCUUCCACAAUCUGCUUUCUUAUUUAUAAAUCGAGGUUUGCUUUAUACUUAACCAUACUGGACCCUUGAUAAAUUUGCUUCAUGGAGAGGACCAAGCUGGAGGACUGAGCUUUUCAAUGUACUAACUCCUAAUCUGCUUUACAUUGGAAGUGGAGGAGGUCAGUGCAACAGAAGCACAUUGUUCUGAAGUAACCAUAGCAGAUAGAAGUGAUAGAUGGACUUCAGUUGUACCGUUGUCCAGUACUAUUCAUGUGAAACUAUAUUAGAUUGGUUGGUAAUUUUGAAUAGCAAAGAUCUCAAUAGUGACUUUCAGGCACAAAUGUUGCCAAAGGGGUAUUAAUUUUCUCUUUUGUUACUACCCUUAACAAGUUAAUCUUUUUUUUCAGCUACAUGUUGGCAUAACUAUAUCUUUAAAAAAUCUCUCAUAGGCCUUGAUGGAAAAGUGGAUUUCAAAGCUGAUACUUUCUUGGGUUUGAAUUAAUCUCAACCUACAUGUUUUUACAGCCUGUGAACUGCCACAGUCUUGUUGCUGUAAAAUGAAUGUUUCCUUUAGUUACAGAACCACGUCUACCAAGUAGAUACACAGUAUUUUGUGCAAUUAAGACUGAUAACUUGGUGGUGAGGACUAUCAAAUAUGUUUCUUUGAAUAUUACAGUGACAUUUUGCUCCUCUUGAUAGAAGUGUUCAAUCAUAACAUAAACUUUAAUCUUUGUUUAUAACUACAAUAAAUAAUUUUAACUGUAAUACACUUGGCAAAAUGUAUUGUCAGUUCAUAACUUAUUACUUCUUCACCCAGUCUAAUAACUGAAAAAUUAACACUCAUAUACUGUACUUUAUAUUUGAUAUUUAGCAACAAAAAUUUCAAACUCUUUCUGCUGCAAUUUGUAUUUUAAUCUGGUGGUGUAAUUAAAUAAAAACACGAAAUGCUGGCAGAACUCAGCAGGCCAGACAGCAUCUAUGGGAGGAUGCUGUCUGGCCUGCUCAGUUCUGCCAGCAUUUUGUGUUUUUAUGUAUUUCCAGCAUCUGCAGAUUCACUCGUGUUGCCUUUGUUGUUGUUGGUGUAAUUGAAUAUUGCUUUUUAUUAUGUUCUGAUGGUGGGACUUUGAUUUUUACAUUCAAUUUGUUACGUAUUCAGGCAACAAUAAAUAUAUGAGUUCAGCAAGGGUUUCUUAUAACAAACAACACGUUUAUUAAACACAGAAAACAAACCCCCCAAAAGUAAACAAACACUACCGUAACCGGAAACAGCUGCUGAGCGGCAGCCCAAACAGUUCUUAAAGUGAUAUUCCAAAUACAGUUCUUAAAGUGAUAUUCCAAAAACAGUUCUUAAAGUGAUAUUGCCAAAGGUUCGAUAUGCUCACAGUCCAUUUAAAAAAAGGAGAGACUUUAUAGGACGAUUUAGGUUCUCUUUCACGUCGCUUGCUUCGAUCCCUGACGUUGAACUUCUCACGAAGAA